AGUGAACUUCUUCUCUUAUCCUCUUUCUCCCCUGUUUCACAAUCACCGGUUCAUCGCUCCUCUUUAUCGAUCAACCCCUCAAUACUCUUUCUUUUUAAGAUGUUUGAAUGUGCACAAUACGUAAGAGUAUAAUUCAGCGAAACCAAUUAAAACCCCCCUUGAUUUCUGUUUCUUUCAAUUAGGUCAUUUGAUUACAAAACAUGGCUCUGGUGCCCACUCGUCUAGACUCCUUUCACAGCUCAGUCUACAAGCUCCACUUCUUCAGGUACUGUUCUUAUAACCCUUUCAAGAAGCACAAAAUCAUUGCCAAUUAUGAAACCAAUUCCACCUCAAACCCACACAAAAAAUCCAAACUUGUUAUUAGAAGAAACACCAACAAUGAAGCUUCACAGUCCACAAGUAAUCAUAAUAAUAAUAACACUGGUACCUGGUUAGAGAAAUGGGACAACAACAACAACAAUAAUAAUAAUAAUAUUAAUACCCAUAAGCAAAGCUGGCCUAAACAGGCCGAAAAGGCCUUCGAUUAUAAAUAUACCGAUGAUUCCGAUUAUGAAAAUAAUCAUGAUAGUGGUAGUACAAUGGAUAGGAUUGUUGAGAAGUUAAAGAAAUUUGGGUAUGCUGAUGACGAUGUUAUACAAAAGAAGGAGGAUAACAAUAGAAUUGAAAAGGGGUCAAUUGAGGAUAUAUUUUAUGUUGAAGAAGGGGUGUUACCGAAUGCGCGAGGUGGGUUUUCGCCAGAAUCGCCUCUAGGUAUUGAAGAUGUGUUUAGGGGUAGUAAUGGGAAGGUUAGAUUUCCGUGGGAGAAACCGUCGCCUGAAGAUGAAAGUAGGAAUUCAGUGAAGCUUAAAAGUAAGACUUGCGUGGCUGAGUUGACUCUUCCGGAAGCGGAGUUGAGGAGGUUGAGGAAUUUAGCGUAUAGGUUGAAGAAUAAAACGAGGAUUACGGGUGCUGGUGUUACUCGAGAAAUGGUGGCUUUGAUUAAGGAUAAGUGGAAAUCGGCAGAAGUUGUGAAGUUGAAAGUUGAAGGAGCGGGUGCGCUUAAUAUGAGACGGAUGCAUGAGAUUUUAGAGAUGAGAACCGGGGGGUUGGUGAUAUGGCGAUCUGGAAGUACCGUUGCUUUGUAUCGGGGCAUAGGAUACCAAGAUCCAUCUGUAAAACAAAGAAACCGUGAAUAUAACAACGACAAAUCAGAAAAAUCAUAUAUUUCCGAUGCUGAUGUCGCAUCUGGUUCAAUGGACAGUUUACAAAGGCAUGAAUUAGAUGCAGAAAAUACUGGAACAAAAGAUGAAGUAAACUAUGAAAAAGAAGUGGAUAAACUCUUAGAAGGGUUGGGCCCUAGGUACAUGGAUUGGCCCGGGUGCGACCCGUUACCCGUGGAUGCAGAUUUACUUCCGGGAACAGUUCAUGGCUACCAACCACCAUUCAGAAUACUUCCGUAUGGCAUAAAAGCUACGCUUGUGGGAAGGGAAGCUACUAAUUUAAGAAGGCUAGCGAGAUUUCUCCCUCCACAUUUUGCGUUAGGUAGAAGCAGACAACAUCAAGGUUUGGCAACGGCAAUAGUUAAAUUGUGGGAAAGGAGUUCGAUUGCGAAAGUUGCGUUAAAACGUGGAGUUCAACUAACUACAAGUGAGAGAAUGGCUGAAGAUAUCAAGAAAUUGACAGGAGGCAUCCUUCUGUCUAGAAACAAAGAUUUUCUGGUGUUUUACAGAGGAAAAGAUUUCUUGACACCCGAUGUUGCAGAAGCGUUAUUAGAAAAAGAAAGGUUGGCAAAAUCUUUACAAGAUGAUGAAGAACAGGCUCGACUGAGAGCAUCGACUUUUAUCACACCAAGAGUUGAAACACAAGACCAAACCGGAUCUGCGGGUACACUUAGCGAGACUCUUGAUGCAAAUGCCCGGUGGGCCAAACGACUUGAUGAUGAUUAUAAGCAAAAAGUUCUUCAAGAAGCAGAAACUCUUAAACAGGCCAAUCUUAUAAGAAAACUCGAGAGGAAGCUUUAUUUUGCUGAUCGAAAGCUAAUGAAAGCCGAAAAAGCCUUAUCCAAAGUGGAAGCAUUUCUAAACCCUGCGGAUCGUCAAGCUGAUCCAGAAAGCAUCACGGACGAGGAAAGAUUUAUGUUUCGAAAACUAGGUUUAAGGAUGAAAGCUUUCUUGCUUCUUGGUCGGCGUGGAGUGUUUGAUGGCACAGUGGAGAAUAUGCAUCUUCAUUGGAAGUAUAGGGAGUUGGUUAAAAUCAUCGUAAAGGCCACAAAUUUUGAGGAGGUUAAGAAUAUAGCGUUAUCUCUUGAAUCAGAGAGUGGAGGGGUGUUGGUGUCUGUUGAUAAAGUUUCAAAGGGAUAUGCAAUUAUUGUGUUUCGAGGUAACGAUUAUAAACGCCCUUCUGCGUUAAGACCAAAAAAUUUGCUAACAAAGAGGAAGGCUUUGGCACGUUCUAUCGAGCUUCAAAGACGUGAGGCUCUUCUGAAUCAUAUUUCUACCCUGCAUUCCAGGAUGAGUAAACUGCGAUAUGAAAUUGAACAUGUUUCGACUAUAAAAGAUGAAGGUGGUGAUGAACUAUUCAUUAGCUUAGAUGCAGCAUAUUCCACCGAAGAUGAGGAUAGUGAGGUGGAAGAGGAAGAGGAACAGGAACAGGAAGGGGAGGAUGCCUACCUUAAUACGUAUGACAGUGGAGACGAUGAAAACGAUAACUUGGAAGAUUCAGAAACAGAGUUUGUGCACACUAUAUCAUUGUAGCUUGUACUUGAAAUUUUAUGAAAAGUGUUCUCGAGCAGACCAUAUCAUGUCUGAUUCUGUCGAUAUAUUGUUGUAUUAGUUGUCAAACCAAAUUUGGUCCAUGGAUUCUACUAUUUGAGCAAAAACAUAUAAAGGCGAGGAAAAUAUAAUUGAUCAUUCUUUGAAAUUCGCAA